GAUCUUCCUUCCUUUCCCAAUUCGUUUUGUACCAAAGCUGUUAAAGUCCAGAGGAACAGGGACCUUAAUUAACCAUACAUCCACCAAUUCACCACCAACUCGGAUCGCAUGUUGCUUUCCAUUCAGCCCACUGGGAAAAAGUGUAUUUUGCAGCCAGAUGUCCAGAUUGGAACACUGAAGGAUUACUACCACUUCUACCAUAGUAAAACAAUUAAAAGGUCAGUUCUCUCAAGUAGAGGUACCCACAGCUUCAUUUCAAUGGAACCAAAGGUGGAGUGGAUACAACAGCAGGUGGUUAAAAGAAGGAUAAAGAGAGAUUAUAAACCUGGUGGUACCCAAUCCACUUAUUUCAAUGAUCCCAAGUGGCCAAGCAUGUGGUACAUGCACUGCAGUGAUAACACCCAUCAUUGCCAAUCAGAUAUGAAUAUAGUAGGUGCUUGGAAGAGAGGCUACACUGGAAAGAACGUUGUGGUCACCAUCCUGGAUGACGGCAUUGAAAGAAACCAUCCUGACUUGAUGCAGAAUUAUGAUUCACAGGCCAGUUUUGAUGUCAAUGGAAAUGAUUUUGACCCCAUGCCUCGGUAUGAUGCCAGCAACGAGAACAAGUAAGGCAUAACCCGUUGGGCUGGAGAGGUGGCAGCCACGGCAAACAACUCACACUGCACUGUAGGGAUCGCCUUUAAUGCCAAGAUUGGAGGCGUACGGAUGCUGGAUGGGGACGUGACAGACAUGGUCGAGGCAAAGUCCCUGAGCCUUAAUCCGCAGCAUAUCCACAUCUACAGCGCCAGCUGGGGGCCUGAUGAUGAUGGUAAGACUGUGGACGGACCUGCUUCUCUAGCGCGUCAGGCCUUUGAGAACGGCAUCAGAAUGGGACGAAGAGGCUUAGGCUCAGUUUUUGUUUGGGCAUCUGGAAAUGGUGGAAGGAGUCGAGACCAUUGCUCCUGUGAUGGCUACACCAAUAGCAUAUACACUAUCUCCAUAAGCAGCACAGCUGAAAGUGGGAAGAAGCCCUGGUAUCUGGAAGAAUGUGCAUCCACGCUAGCUACGACAUACAGCAGCGGGGAAUCCUACGACAGGAAAAUAAUCACCACAGACCUGAGGCAGCGUUGCACAGACAGCCAUACGGGAACCUCAGCCUCUGCACCUAUGGCUGCAGGCAUCAUUGCACUGGCACUGGAAGCAAAUCCAUUUCUGACCUGGAGAGACAUACAGCAUAUUAUUGUAAGGACUUCACGUGCGGGACAUCUGAAUGCUAACGACUGGAAAACCAAUGCAGCUGGUUAUAAGGUGAGCCACCUCUAUGGAUUUGGACUGAUGGAUGCUGAAGCAAUGGUGAUAGAAGCAGAAAAGUGGACAACAGUCCCUCCACAGCAUGUGUGUGUGGAGAACACGGAUCGGCAAAUCAAAACAAUACGACCUGACAGCGUUGUCCGUUCAAUUUACAAAGCCACCGGCUGCUCAGAUAACCCCAACCACCACGUGAUCUACUUGGAGCAUGUGGUUGUGCGCAUCACUAUUACUCACCCUCGACGUGGAGACUUGGCAAUUUACCUAACCUCUCCUUCGGGAACUAGGUCACAGCUAUUGGCCAACAGGUUAUUUGAUCAUUCCAUGGAAGGAUUUAAAAACUGGGAGUUUAUGACUACUCACUGCUGGAGUGAAAAAGCAGCAGGUGACUGGAUCUUGGAAAUCUGUGACACUCCCUCUCAGCUGAGAAAUUUCAAGACUCCAGGUAAAUUGAAAGAAUGGUCCUUAGUACUGUAUGGAACAUCUGUCCAGCCUUACUCACCAAGAAAUGAUUUUCCAAAAGUGGAACGAGUGCGCUCUAGUCCAGUUGAAGAAACUACAGAAGAUUAUGGAACAGAUGACUAUUCAGGUCCCUGCAAUGCAGAAUGCAGUAAAGUAGGGUGUGAUGGGCCAGGACCAGAACACUGUACUGACUGUCUGCACUACUACUACAAAUCUAAGAACAACACACGGAUCUGUGUUUCGAACUGCCCACCUGGUCACUAUAAUGCAGACAAGAAACGCUGUAAAAAAUGCUCACCCAAUUGUGAAACCUGUGUUGGAGGCCACAGUGACCAGUGCAUGACCUGUAAAUUGGGCUACUACCUGAAUGAAGUAACCAAUAGCUGUAUUACCAGCUGCCCAGAUGAGUUUUACCUGGAUAAGAGUAAGAUUGUUUGUCGAAAAUGCAGUGAAAACUGUAAGACAUGUGUUGAAUUCCAAAUCUGCACAGAAUGCAAACACGGCCUAAGUUUACAUGGCUCCAAAUGUGCUAUCCACUGUGAAGAAGGAAAAUACCAUAAUGGUAGGGAAUGUGAACCGUGUCACCGUUCCUGUGCAACAUGUGCAGGUGCUGGAGUAGAUUCUUGUAUAAACUGCACACAGGGCUAUUUUAUGGAAGAUGGAAGAUGUGUGCAAUCCUGUAGUAGUGGUUAUUACCUUGAUCACUCUACUGAAAGUGGAUAUAAAACCUGCAAAAGAUGUGACGCCAGCUGCGUGGAAUGCAGCGGCCAGGGAGACCGAAACUGCACAAGCUGUCCAAGUGGCUAUAAUCUAGACACUGGUGUCUGUAUAGUGGGAACGGUCUGCAAGGAUGCCACGGAAGAGUCUUGGGCCGAGGGCGGAUUCUGUAUGCUGGUGAAAAAGAACAAUCUCUGCCAGCGGAAAGUGCUUCAGCAACUGUGUUGCAGAACAUGUACGCACAAGGGGUGAGCUGACACCUCCCAGAGUCCUCUUGCUCCUGUAGACUUAUAGAUUAAUCCAUAUUAUUGAAAAAGGAAAAAAAA